AAUUUAUUAUUAUAGUUAUUGACGUUUGUUCAUAUAGGUUAUAAAUCUAUCUGUUUUGAACUAAUAUUCUAUAAAUAUGUGAUAAACUUUCAUCGAUAUAACAUUUUCUAGUGUUCUAUCAAAAUAAAUUGAGUCAACAUGUUAUACGACGACUUUAAACCUAUUGUAGACCUCGUGUUUAACAAUUGGACGGCUUUACAGCUGGCUGUUGAACAUGGGAUGGGUGCUCCAGGCGGUGAAAAGACGGCGCAAUUAAUGUCAGUGUACGUAGCGAGGUAUUGUGUCGAAAAUGUGGUAGAUAGAGAUGAUUUAACAGAACUCUUAGAAGACUUGAUGGAUGAAGAGUUUGAAACCGUAUGCCACGAUAACUCGCCUAAAGAAGUAUCGUCGUUGCUCGUUUUCUUCCUUGGACUGUUGAAAGAAGGACGGCAUGAUGAACUGCGUAGUCACAUAGAAGCUAUGCCUAAAUGUCAAAAAUGGCUUAGUGAACCCAUUCAUGAGUCAGUCCCACCACAGUGCCAUGGUAAUCCUGAUGAUGACACAACAAGUAGUGAUGAUGAUGAUGAUAAUGAUGAGGAAGAGCAACAAAUUCAACCUAAUACAGAAGUAGCAACAACAUCUAACCAAGCAGAUGGAGUUGAACCCAUGGACGAAGACGACUUAGAACCUGGCUGGACUGUUGUCCGAACACGCAGGCGAAAAUAAAUGAAUACUACAUAUCAGUCAUUUUAAAAUGAAAUUAUGGUAUUUGCUAUCUGUAUUAAAACAGUUUUUAUCAAUGUGUGUCGUAGUCUUGAUAUAUAUCUGUAUGUUGUGGAUAA